AUAUACCAGUUAGACCACAAAGCGCCUCUUUAACAACCCCAUUAUUCCAAGUCCAAUAAAACCCACCAAAAUAGAAAAACAACACCACCCGCAGUCAGCCUCAGGAAGGGGAUUUUUUGACGCCUCGUCUUUCCCCUUGGACCGCCUCCGACAGUCCAAGAACUAUCAUGGGGAAUAACCUAUUUCUGUGGUAGUGACGCAAAAGCAAGAGAUAUGAGUUCGUACCCAAAUAUAUUGACGCCCCCUUCGAGCAGUGAAGACUCGCCCCAGUCGACUUUGUAUAAUUCGCCGCCGUCGUGUUAUGGUAUCCAGGAUAGUGCGUAUAUUUUGCCGCAGACGUCACUAGCGUUUGAUUUCGAUGGGGCCACGCAAGCGACAGCACCGUAUUUGCGGAUUGUGGAGCAACCCAUUGAUAGGUUUCGGUUUCGGUACAAAUCUGAGAUGACAGGGACCCAUGGAAGUCUGUGUGGACAGACUUCUGAUAGGAGCAGAAAGCAAACCUACCCCACAAUUGAAUUGUGUAAUUUUAACAAGAGGGCGCUGGUUAGGUGUUCUAUUUAUCAACAUAACACUAAAGAGGAUCACAGGCCACACGCCCACCGGUUAAUUAAGAAACAAGGAAAGGGCGAAGUGGAUGACCCUCAUGACGCUUACGUCACUCCAGAGGAAGGUUACACCUAUGUCUUCCACAGUAUGGGUAUUAUCCACACAGCUAAGAAGAACCUAGUCCCUGAACUGAUAAGGAAGAAGGGUCAAUUAAAAAAGGAAGAAAUCGCCAGACUUGAAGGAAAAGUGCGGGAUUUGACCCAGAAGGAAGAAAUAGAGAUUAAGGGAUUGGCUGAAUCUGAAAGCAAAUCCAUUAAUCUGAAUGUGGUGUGUUUGCGAUUUGACGCAUUUUACGAAACCAAUGGUAUUCUACUACCAAUAUGUCCGCCGGUGUACUCGCAUUCCAUCAAUAACUUGAAAAGUGCGUUAACAGGCGAACUGAAAAUCGUACGAAUGGACCAUUGCACAAGUCCCGCUAAAGGUGGGCGGGAAAUAUUUAUUUUGGUAGAACGCGUGACCAAAAAAAAUAUUAAAGUAAAAUUUUACGAAUUGGAUGAUGAGGAUAACAUUGUUUGGGAGGACUAUGGCAAGUUUAGUGACCUUGACGUGCACCACCAAUACGCAAUUGUGUUUAAAACCCCUCCGUACAAAGAUUUGACUAUUAAAAGCCCCGUCAAGGUUUUUAUUGAACUGGAACGGCCGUCUGAUCGAGCUCGCAGCGAAGCCAAAGAGUUCACUUACACCGUGAGCUCCAAUAUUUAUAAACCGGGAUCAAAAAGAGCGCGACCGAGUUAUGAUAGCUCCAGCUAUGAUACGUCGCUGGCUAGCGAUGAACUUCCAGUACCUAUUAAUAACCUAUGUCUUGAAAACUCCCCCACAGGUUUGCUAGACGACGUUCAGCUAGAAGUCACCAGCGCUGAGUUGCAGCAAGCAAUGAGAAAUAUCAACUCUGACGAGUUUCAGAGGAUAUUUAACGAUUUCGGACAGGACUAUUCAUUGGCCACAGACGCACCCAAUGAGUUUAAAAAGUCAGUUAUCAAGAGCCGGGUUGUGACUUCUACCAAAACUAGUAAUUUUAGGAGCGCUAAAUCGCGUCCGUAUUGCCAAAGAUCCGACAGCAUUGAGGAAACCGCGAUGGCGAAACAAGCAGUCCUCGAACUACAAAAUUUCAUCAAAACCCACCCCAGUGACGAAAAAGCCGUGAACAUGUUGUGCCACUACCUCAAAGAAGACAACAAAACGAAUGCUUUGCACGUCUCCAUCCGUCAGAACGAACUCAUGGACGUGAUGUUCUUGCUGAAGAUGAUCUACGUUUGGAAGCAACACGAGCUUUUGAAUGUACGCAGCGACCUCUAUGAAACCCCGCUCCACAUCGCUACGUAUCUCAAUUCUGAGGAGAUCGUGGCUAAUUUGAUUGUGUGUAAAGCUAGCGUGUGUGUGGGUGAUUCCGAAAUGAACACUCCGCUGCACGUGGCGGUGAUCUCAAAUGCUUCCAUUGCGAUUUUUGAGAAGUUGUUUUCGUCGGAGGAUAAGACUUUCGUGGAUAUGGAGAACAACGAGGGUAACACGGCGUUGAACAUCGCUAUAGAGAAUGGUAACCUGAAAGCGCUCAAACUUCUGUGUUUAAACGGCGCUGAUAUUAAUAAACAGCACAAGAAGAAUGGGUACACUCCACUGAGAUUUGCGAUAGAAAAGCAGAAUGUGGAUAUUGUAAAGUAUAUUUUGCAGCAUAAGGAUCUGCAGGCGUUGGUUGAGGAUUUCCAGGAUAUUAAUCCGUUGCAGGCCGCCAUCAAUAAGGAUAAUUCCGAGUUGGUGGAUGUUAUUACACAGUACAUGAAACAAAACAACUACGUCAAUGUCGAGAUCAAGAACGAAGUUGAGGAUUAUUCAGACGACGAUUUCGAAGAAAAGUUCUCAAUUAAGUUGGAGCAGAUAUCUUCAGAGGAGUUGCGCGAGAUGUACACGAACGUCAAGAAUUUCACACCGGCUUGUCUGGACGACAUUUCCCAAAUUCUGGAUCAGUCGGGGACGUGGCAGAAUUUGGCCGAUUUGUUGGAUUUGGGACAUUUGAUGAGGUCGGGAUUGUGCGAUUCCAAGAAUAGUCCGACGAAGUUGUUGUUGAAGCUGGCGAUUGAGACCAACGGCGAUUCAGUGCUACAAAUCCGGGAUUUCUUGGAAAAUCUCGACGAGACCCAGGCUGUCGAAAUCAUAGACAACAUGGUCAGAACGCAGUUUAUGUAAUAAGUUUUUUUAUAUAAAUAAGUUUUCAUAAUGUAUUACGUUUUUUCAUUGUUUAUAAGUUGGUUAAUUUUAAGAAUAGUUUAUAUUUCUAAUACCAAUCAGAUUUGUAAAUAACUAAAUACAAUAAAACGCAGUUACGUAA